AGUCGAGCGCAGACCAGCGAAGCGAGCGGCACUUGUUCGGCCACACGUCGUGUCGGCGGGUCAUGUCGUAGCUCGCGAUAAGGCACCUCGCGGAGAGGUUUGGGUGAGGAGAGAGAGAGAGAGAGACAAGAGACUUCUGGAUAGUGCGCGGUCCAAGUGAGGUCCACGUCGACAGACUCGACCCCCCCUCCUGGUGUAGAGAUGCUGCAGCCCAGGAGGACGCGACUGCUGUCGCUGGCGGCCGCCGUGCUGCUGCUGCUCGUAGAGGCGAGGUUCGCCUGCGCCGAGCGAGAUGAAACUGAAGCGGAUAGGUUAUAUUCAGAAAAUUUCAACCGAGAGAGGAGGCAGGAUGCAGACGCCGCGCUGGGGGUGCUCUCCUCCACGGCGCGCACCUUCGUGCACGACGGCACCACCACGGAGUACGCCACGCGCCUCGUGGCCACGCCGGCCGGGGGCGGGCGCGGCUACACCCGGCUGCUGCUCACCACCUCGCGGGUGCUGUACGACGCCGGGCGCCGGCCUCCCCAGGCCGCGCCGCCGCGCCCGCACGUCGUCUACCCCUCCAAGCAGCCCUUCGCGCUCCCCUCCCGCGCCGACGAGCGGGUGGUCAGCGUGUUCGCCCUCCCCGAGACCACCUCGACGACCGAGCGCCGGUACGCCGACGAUGCGCUGGACGAGGCCCUCAGGCGGUCCAACGACGUGAAGAAGAAGUUCGGGCCGGGCACGCAGUUCGCCGCCUACGAGGACCCCGCGCCCGUCGCCGCGCGCUACCCGGACGGCGAGGACGACAGCUCGGAGAACCAGCUGAAGGCCAAGCGCAUGGGCGACUACUUCGUGGGCGGCGGCUCGCAGGAGGCGGACCUGAACGAGUUGAAGCCCGCGAAGGUCGUCCGCCCCGUCGACGGACUGCCCACGUUCACCGUCCGCCACGACUUCGCCCCCAGCGGCUUCUCGGUGGACGAGGAGGACGAAGACACCACCGAGAGUCGGCGCGCGUCGACCGCCAAGAGCGGCAGGCCCAGGGGCGGGAAACUUCUGUUCAGGGGAGGCGCGCUCAACAGCCUCAGGAAACUUGACACGGUCACGUAUUACGGCUUUGCGGACUUCAGCACGACGGUGGGUGACACGGUGAUCAUAUUCAUGCCCAACACGAAAAAUCCCGAUGUUCCGAACGUGCCUGUGACGUCUAUGACUGGAGCAGCAACGCUGUCGAGUGAACUAGUGUCUGUAGUGACCACCGUGAAGACUUUCAUGUCACACACGCCAGGGAUGGUGACACGCACGGUAACAGGCCAUUCUCUGAGCAUGCAGACAGCUUUGCCCACGAUGGUGGUGCUGCCAGAAACACCCAGCUCAGGAAUCCGAAACGACAAGGCCUUAGAGUCAUCAACAGAAGUCACUGAAGCAGAGGUAGAUGAAGUAACGGAACCUCCUGAGAGCACUUACGAUCAAUUAUCAUUUGAACAAACAUCGUCUUUUCUGGCCCGUGAACAAGAAAUGUUUCAAAGCACAACUCCUGAUGCAGUAGCUUCCUCAGAAUAUGAAAUUGAGCCUUCUCUGGUGGAUGUCACUAUGUCUAGCACUAUCGAACCUACGAUAUCGGAAGCAGUGAGCACUAGUGACCAAGAAGUUUUAGAGAGAACACCAUAUUUAACAGAAAUUAUUUCAGAGCCCACAGAGCUACCAUGGACAUUUGCAACAACUAGAACGCAAGCAAUAAAUCAUGGCGACAACCCAACACCAGAAGGUCUAAUUAAGGCUAUUGCUGGUACUCGGGCGUUAGAUGGUACAACUACUCUUUUUACUUCACUUAUAUAUGGAACCUAUGAAGCAGGUAAAUACACGCAAGUUAUCCACUCUACAUCUAGUGUUUUCUUUUUUGUGGAUGAAACCACAACACCUUACUCACAGGAGUCUGAAACCAUAAAACCUACAGCAGUUGUCGAGGCUCCACCUUCAACUGAAGUGCUUGAAGCAGUUCCAACUACACAAGCUACAGUGGAACUGCCAGCUACUACAACCGAAGAAUCAGUGACACAAACAUCCACAGAUGAAACACCAAAAAUAGUUCAUGAUAAUGAGACACUAAGUACAGUACCAGUAGAAACAACCACAGUAGAAAUAAAUAAUGAUGUGGCCAAUGAAAUAGAUUUUGUCCCUGGUGCCAACUCAAAUCUAACUGAUCAAACUACUGCACAAAUAGAUGAAAGUUCUGAAGCAAUUAAAGACCAUUCCGAAACCAAUGACAAUACAAAUGAUGUGGAACCUUCGCAAGGAAGCAUAUUACAGCACAUAGCUAUGAAAACAUCUGACCUAGAACAAAUAACUCAGCUUAUCCCAUCCAAGAUUUUUAAAACAUUUACAUAUUUCACUACAUUUUUUAUUCCAGUAGGGCCAACAUCAACCACAACUUCAAUAAGGUCUAGAGAAGUAACGACAGAAGAAAUAAGUUUAUUGACAAAGGUUAUUGAUGUACCUAAAACUUCACUAACCAUGCAAAUAAGUUCCAGUCCUACAGUAAUUGCUGAAAAUUUGGAAACUAAUGAACCCAAACUCAAUUUUAAACCUGAUCUAAAAAAUAAAACAGAAUAUGAUUUAGAAACUGGAAGUGAUUAUCCAGUAGAUAUUUUGCAAACAACAGAAAAUCCUAAUAACGAUAUAACAGAAGCAGAAAGUACAACUGAAUCUUCGCCUUUCCCCACACCACCUAUAAAACUCAGUGAUGCAGUUGAUGUCAAUGAAGAAGAAAUAGAUUUGAUAUUCAAGACCUUGUACACUACAUUCACUUAUUUGACCACAUACUUCCAUGAAACCACAACUAGUGUCGCAAGUCGAGAAGUUGUUGAGACUAAUGUUGUAACAUCGACUAUUGAUAAGAAUUUCCUAACACGUGAAACAGAUCCAGCUGUAGCUGGUUUGCUUGGAAGGGAUGACUCACUAGUCAUGUCUGAGAUCACACCAACUAGUGUAGGUGUUGGUAGGCCAACAACACAGUACUUACCAGAGAAAAUCACAAACCCAGAUACGGAACUAUUCUCAUCUGUGAUCGAUUCAGUUGAUUUAGAAAAAGAGCUUGCAUCACCCACCCCAACACUUGACAACGAAGUUGGUUCCACACAUCUGGACGAUGGCAAACCGAAGACAUUUUACAAAACCUACACUUACUUUACAACCAUAUUUGUGGAUGAUGAAACUACGGUAACUAGUAAGACUGAAGUAUUCACAAACAUUAUUACCCCAAACAAGCAAUUUAUUGGUGUCUCUAAGACUGCAAUAGAAGCUUCCUCGUCUAAAAAUGUUUAUGAACCUCUCUCUACAACCAUAACAGAUCAGUUAGAAUCUCCACAAUCAAACAUACCAAACAUAAUUCAGCCCACAAGUGAAUAUACACCUCUUCGUUCACUAGUGUUCAAAUCUACCCCACGCUAUUCCUACAGCAGCACAAUAUUCAGAAAUAACCAAAAAACAGAAAAUAAAAUCUCUCCAUUUCAGGAUAACUUUGAGGCAGUAGAUGAUGAAGAAAACAAGAUAUUGUCUGAUGGAACACCUUACUUGGACAGAGAAUAUGCUUACAGUACUACUAUAUCACGACCACGUGUUACCCAAAGGAUAGAAAAAGUAGAAGAUACAAAAUCACCCAUUGCUUCUAGAGGAAUAAAUGAGAACAAUGAGGGAGAAAAUGUUGAAAGGAUGGUUGUAGAAAGUAUGAGUACUGAUGUCACCAGUAGUACAUCUGGAGGUGGGCAAAUGCUCAUGCUAGAAAGGAAUGACAGGAAUUAUCCUCUAGAUGAUCAGAUAAGUUCUGAAAGCAAUACAGAAGAAAUACAACCAUCUGCCACUUUAUUACUACAAACUUACUUUACAACUUUCACAUUUUUCACAACACUUUACAAAGGUACAUCUUCAAGCGACAUUGUCAGUCGUUUAGAAACUGUCACAAAUGUAGUAACAGAAACUCUAAGUCCUCAAGCAACUACGCAAGUUACUGAGACAGAUGACCAGUCACUCCCAAUAACAUAUUUCACAACAUACACAUACUGGACCACUCUGUACAAGGAUGGCGCUUCGACCAUCACAAGCCGUGAGGAAACUGUGUCCAACAUUAUUACUCCAACAGCCACAACAGGAGAUUUCUCAACAGAGAUUGUGUCUGCAUCCAAGCCAGUGAAUACUAUUCCUGUAAUUCUACCAUCAGAGUUAUUAGAACUGCCAAGUUCUUUAGGUUCAGACCCAACUGAAGUAAUCGAACCUUCAGCAACAUCCACAGAGGUAUUGACAUCACCCACUGAUAGUAAUGAGCUAGUUACAGUAUACACUACUUACACAUAUUUUAUGACCUCAUACAUAGGUGAUAGCACUGUGGUGAACAGUCGACUGGAGACAGUAAGCUCAGUUCUGAACAAUACUACACCGGAAAAUGAUGUCAAGUCAGGAAGAUCUUUAGGUGGUACCUCCCCACAGGAACAGUUGGUGGAGGAAAUUAUAAAAAAUUCCAAAAUAGAUGGUAAAAGCUCAUCACCUUCGCUAUUACCAACUGGCUUGUUGUCCACCAUACUCACAAGUCUGGUAAAUAAUGGAACUACUACACUUUAUUCAACUGACGUAUUUGGUACAUAUAUAGAUGGAUUUUAUGCAAAAGUUUUAGAAAGUUCGACAACAAUAGUUACUCCAAAACCAUCACCUGUUCCAGUUUUGCAAGUCACAAUUCAACCAACUGGAAUUAUAUCAUUGAAUGAAGGUCGUAUAAUAGAUGCAGAUGGUGUUACUACAACAUUUUAUACAACAAAGGCUAUAGGAACCUACAUUGACAAUCUGUAUGCACAAGUAAUUGAAAGUUCAUCCUCUCUGAAAGUCGAUCCUGAAAAGCAAUCAUUAAUUGCUGCCUUAAAAACCACAGCUGAUCCUUUCCGCACCGGCCUUGUUAGAAUAAUAGAUGGUACCAUUGUUAAGGAUAACACAACCACAUUUUAUGAGUCUAAAGUUGUUGGUACACAAAUUGAUGGGCGUUAUGCACAAAUAAUUGAAAGUACAUCUAGUUUUAAGAUAGACAUGACAUCAACACCUGUGCCAACAGGAUUGAUAUCUGCCAGCUCAGUUAAGACUGGAGUAAAAGAUAUACUGCCCACUGCAUCUGUUAGUACUUUGCCAUCUCCUGUGGUUAUUGAAAGUUCAAUUGAUGACGGAGAAUCAAAAACUCAAACAGACACAGAAGAAAGUAGUGAAAGUGAUCAUGCAGAUGAUGAUGAGAAAGAGGACAGCGAUGAAGAAAACGAUGAAGCUUCAUCACCGGGUAAGAGCAGAGUAAAAUCGAGACUGACGUUCCCCACGAGGAAAAACACCUUCACCCCACAAAUAAGACCUUUCGUUAUAAAAUCACGCAACAGACCUGCUUUCAAUCCUAGGCAUAAAAGUAGUGCUACGACUAUAACAAGAAAUGCAGUAACUCCCACAAUCACAGCAUCACCAGCUAAAUCAAAUGAAAGAAGUGGUCCAGGUGGAGGCUCAUCAAGAGGACGAUUUUCUAGUAACCGGAGACAAAGUUCACAAAACAAUGUGGCUAAUGAAAUACAACCUAGUUCAUCCUCUGGAUCAAGAAGAUUUUCUCGUAACAGAGGAAGCUCUACCUCUGGUAUAUCUCAUGGCUCAUCUACUUACCAAGGUAGGGCCAGAGGUCGUUCCUCCACAUCUGGAAGAAUAUUUGCUACUUCUACAUCAAGUUCUGGAUUCCCAUCAAGACGUGCAAGCAUAUUCAAAAGCUCCCAAGGACGUGGUUCUUCUAGUAUAUAUCCAGGUGGGGCUGGAGGGAGACUGCGUAUACGUCCCACACUUUCAUCGGGAUUUGGGCGAGGAUUUUCAGCAACAACUGGUGUUUCGACCACGCCGAAAUCGUUAGAUGAUACAUUAAGUCCUGACGAUACCACAUUAACUGCAACAGAAGAAACUGAUCUAUAUGCCGAAGAGGACCAAGAGACACCCACUCAGCCAACUAGUACUGAAUCAUUUAGGAGAAAUACAAAUCCACUUUUGAGACUACGAAGACCACCGAAUUUGCGAACACAACAAAUUCAGAGCACUUCUCCAAGAACUAAUACAACUCCAUCUAAGAAAGGCCCACGUUCACGGAAACAAAAUAAUGAAAAUCGUACACCAUCUACUACGCCAAAACGUUUGCAGCCUCGACCAGCCUCCAGUAUUGCUAGCAGGUACAAUCCUGUGGCAAACAGACCUAGGCCUGGCAAUAGCUUGUUUCCACCUAGAGGUCUUUUCAGGAAACAAGAACCAGAGGAAAAUGAAGAAGAAAAUGAGAAAAAUGAGGAAAGUGAGAAUGAAGAGCAGGAUAAUCAAGAUGAAGAUGAUGAAAUUGCAGAAGAAGAAAUAGGUGAUAAUGACUAUGAGGGUUCUGAGAAAACCGAAUCAAAAACGACUGUUCAGCAAGCUAACAGAAGAAUAGGUAACUCAUACCAAACUGUUCAAAUUCGUCCAUUUCCAAGAUUUCUAAGAAAACCUAGGUCAAAACGACAAGCAGAAUAUGGUACAAGAAGGGAAGGUAGCACUGCCAGAACAUAUGGACGCUUUAGGCGCCCAGGGUCGAAACCAGGAGCUCAAGCUCAAGAUAGAGCUGAUACAGUAGAGGAAACCGUGGUAAUACCUGAUCCCCCAAAAUCAAAAUCUUCUGGUACAGGAAGGUUUACUCCAAGACAACGUAAUCAGGCACCGCAAAAUACUCAGAAAAUUCGACCAACAUCAUCAACAUCCAAUUCAGGAAGAUCUCAGUUUACACUGCGAGAGAAGGACUCGAGCACAAGCAGCCGUACGAAUUUCAAGCGGCCAUCAACAUCGUCAUCUCCACGGCGGAGGACAAACAAAAACAGUCGUUCUGAGACAACUCCUGCUCCAGCUGCACAAAGACCAAAACCCCCUCGAUUAAGGACACAGCAAAAACAAUCACAUGCACAGAAAACACAAUCACACACACAGAAAACACAAUCACACACACAACAAACAGACACAACAUACACAAGAGCCAAUUCGCCAAGGUACAGAAACUCAAAUGGUAAUACUAACAGAGGCAGGGGAAAUACUAGAACACGCUAUCGCAGUGAGACUUCAGACUACGACACAUUUACAUUCACGCCCACCAGUUUUGAUGGCACAAUAACAGUGACACACCAGGUACCAACAGAAGUAACUAUUCCAGUGUUAAAUGGCAAGGUCACUGAAUACAGAAAUAUAAUCACAGCUAGCCCAAGUACUGAAGUAUUGGGUCCACACCAAUAUACAGCUACUGUUGGUAAAGAAGGAAACACUGUGUAUUUUCUUACGAGUGAAGCAACAGGCAUAUUGCCUGGAGGAGUGACAGAAGUUACUCAAUUCUUUCUUCGUGAUUCACCAACCACCAGUGUUAUCUUCACACCUACUGUGAUUAGAGGUCGGAAAACAUCAUUCUCCCAUGUUGUUCCAAGUACAGUGUAUGCAGUUGAGAAGGUUGUAAGUACACUGCAGCCCCAGAUUAGUCCUAAUGCACCAUUGGCCAAUAUUCUUUUAUCACAACUACUGUUGGGAAACCUUAACCUUCAGCCUAAUAUUAAUCCUCUUCUUGCUCUCAAUAAUAACAAUGGUCCUCCUCCCUCUCCAACAACUGAAUACAAAACACGCACAACAAGUUAUGUCACAACUGUCACCAAAGGUACAUCGACUGUUAUCCCUCUGACUUUCAGAGGAAAAGAAAUUCUUACCACAAUCGUUGACCAGUCCGAAGAAGUAAUAACAGCCACUGAAUUUUUAACAGAAACAAUAGUUGUGACACCAACAGCUGCCAAUAAUCAAUUAAAUUCUCUUCUACUGCCAGCUUUGCUUCAAGCACAACUUUUAGGCCAGAAUCAACCUCAAACUACCAGUAACCCAUUGUUGGGUUUACAGCAACAAUUAUUACAAUCUGAAAAUGCUAGGCUUCUUCCGAAUGAUGUUCCAAUUCUGGAUGAUGAAGUGAGGAGGCGAGGAAUACAAACACGACAAAGAACAGAUGAUGAUGCUGACAGACUUGCAAGAGAAUCAGAAUCUGAUGAACUUUUUGAGAAUAGUAAUGAUUCUCUUCAAGUUGCUAAAGAUGACAAUCAGUCCCAAAACUCUAAGCCAAAUAAGAGGAGAAGACUGAAAACAUCAGACACAAAACCACCUGAUCCACCACAAGCACCAGCAGAAACAAGUGUUGUAACAUUAUAUGUUUCCGGAAGGCGACCAGGAGAGUUCAGUACUGUUCUGUCUACUGUAACAUUGGGAGAAGAAUCUUCUAGAAGAAAAAGAGAAUUACCAAAUAUGUUUGAAAAAACUGUCACAGUACAACUAGAGACUCAAAGAAAUGACCACAAAUAUGGUUCCUCUGCUGGCAUCAUUAAAGUAGAUACAUCAAAGUUUCCAGAUAUUGUCAGCUCUUUCACUGAUAAAGACAAUGAAAUUACAAACAAUUUUAUAACUUCUGCCAUUAAUGAAGUAUAUACUGACAUUAGCACCACUGAAACUCAAAGUCUCGAAAGCAUGGUGGGUGAUGUCAGUCGCUACAUAUCUGUGGUGCAAACAUCAAUGAAAGUACACUCUGCAAACCCUUCAACAACACGGAAAGUAAACGAAUAUGAUGCCUCUUCAACUGCAAUCAAAACAAUUAAUGGUACCGGUCAUUUUUUAUUGAACAGCCCCGCUGAGUUUCCCCGACUCCAGCGAAAGGGCAAUAUUUCACUAAACAGGGGCAUUAUAAAAUCCCAAAAACUUUCUGAAAACCACAAAUGUUAUGCUUCUUUCAUGACUAUGAAUAUGUGCAGUAGAGGUACACCAUUAGAUGACUAUAGAUCUUUAAAAAGAGAAGCUAGAGACCUAACAUCACAGUCUGGUGAGCAACAUCAUACUAAUAACAAUAUGAGAAAAAGGCGCAGAAAAAUAGUAAGAGUAAAAGUUCCCAUUCAAAGAGGCAGAGACAAUUCUGAAGAGGAAAGUGAUAUUUUUUCUCUUUCUGAAGCCCAAAGGAAAGAAAUUGUUCCAGAUAUGGAUACCUCAGAACAAAAUGACGAUUUUCUAAAAGCUGGUGACAAGCACAAACCCAUGAUGCGUCGAGUAAAGGUAAUUAGAAACCGUAAACCAAACAAUGCUGAAAACAGCAAAGAAAGAAAGGAUGACAACAGACAUGUAAAAAGAGUACUAGUGGCACGUAGAAAAAGACCACUUGGGCAUGAGUUGAAACCAAUGCACAGUCAAGAAAGAGCAGAAUUGGAGUCAGCCGACCAGACAGUAAAUCAAAACUCGUAUGAUGGAUCAGCUGUGAGUAGCAAUGAAGACAAUAUUGAAGGAAAUGAAAAACCAAAUAGCUCUGUGCAUUCAAGGUAUCCUGUGAGUUCUUCUCGAAAAUUAAUUCGUGUGACUAAAAAACAUCCUCUUUCUGAACUGCCAGUCACACAUAGCAGCAACAAAAGGCGUAUAAUCGUGACUAAAAGAAGACCAGCACAUAAAACACACUCAGCUAUAUUAAUCACCGAAUCUGUGUCUAUGCCUCUGCCAACAUCAUACUCCUAUCAGCCUAUGUUGGCACAGGUAACUGAACAGAACACAGAAGAAAGCAUAGAUACUGACAAAAUGGUGGGGAUCUCAGAAGUUUUCGUAAGUGAAAGCACUUCAUUUACGACUGACAUCAAAGCAACUGGCACUCAGAAAAGUUUUAAUCCAACAGUUGAAGCCACAGAAACAAUUGGUGAUCAUAACAAUCAGAACAUAAAUACCGAAAAAAGUGAACCAGAAUAUACAUCUGAUGACUUCUCAUCACUAUACAAGACAGAGGACGCAGAAAAAACAUUUUUAAAAAGCAUUACUACUCCUUUAUAUACAUCAGCCAUAGAGUCGACUGUUCAGGAACAACAGUAUGGCACAUUUGGCUCACUACUUACACUGUUGAGAAAAGAACAGGACUCUAUUGCCUCACUUGAUCAUUUAAGCUCACUGAAUAAUGAACCCAGUGUUCCAGAAAUUGUAGCAACAGAAGAUUUAAUAUCUAGUAAUCCACCCUUGGAAGAAGGAGUAAUUGAUGAGUCAAUAAAUAAUGAAAAACUUCGAAAUGUGGCAGUUUCUUUGAUCGAAAAAGACCAUCAAGAAGAGGGCACAAAUGCAGAGAGAUCUAAACAAGUUCAAGAAAAUGAUACUGAGUCACAACAAGAAUCAAUUACCGAAACAUCAGGAGACAAAGUAGAAUCAAGUAGCACUUACGAAGGUCCACGAUUUAUUCGCCCAACACGUUUUAGUAUUACCAGGAAACCUGGAAGAACAAAGUUGUCGUUUUCUGGUCAGAAACGAAGAAACUCGUCACCAUCAACAACCCAGAGGACUACGCCUUCAAGCGAUUACAAAACAUCGUACAGAGGGAGGAAAUCAUCUUCUAGGUCGUUUGGCCGAAGUAGUAACUCUCCUCGCGGAUUUAAAGGUUCUACAAGGCUGCCCAAGAUAGAGGCAACUGACUCUUCAUAUACUUAUGGGCAUGUAGAACCAACUAAAGAAUUAAGUUUGUUGAGUUUAAAUGAGGGUGUCCAUGAUUCUGUAACUUCAUCUAGUGUAAAUCCUGUUGAAGUAUCUUCGGAAAUUGUGACCACAGAGACGCCACCCUUGCCAGAAAUAACAACAGCAGACAGUCCUCACAUCAACACAGAAAUUCCACUGACUAGCCCAACACAGCACAUUACAGCUACUCCCACCACCUCGCAAAAACACGAUGAUGUACAAACCAAAUUUGAAGUCUCGGAGGAGGUAGACACACCUGAAGAACAGACGGACUCUGAACAGCCAACACAAACAGUAAUGCCAGCACUCACAACACGUAUCUUGACCACCACCAGACUGCGCACUUACACAUUUAUUGUGACUCGUUUUGACGGCACUGAUGAAUAUGUCACGUCUACUACAGAAGUCAAACCUCAUGUGACAAAAGUGACACUUACCGAGCCAGUGACGACAACAGUGGCCAGUACGCAAGCGGCCUCGGCGCGCCUGCUGGCGACCGCCAACCCGAACGAGGCGCGCCUGCACCUCGCCACCAAGGUGAUGAGCAACGGCGUGGAGGUGAUCGUCGCCGGCGACAGGAGCACCUUGCCCGGGGGCGACCCCUCCAGCGUGCUGCGCGUGCUCACCUCCUCGCUGGCGCGGCCCAUCACGCUGUCCGACCAGAUGGUGAUGCUGCUGCCGCCGUCCGAGGCCCAGGCGCCGCCGUCCACGUCGCUGCCGUGCCGCGAGCUGGUGACCAAGACCUACCUCACCACCUACACCUUCAUGACGACCUUCCUGCAAGGCGGCGGCACCACCACCGUGUCCAGCUCCACCAAGCUGGUGUCCAACGUGGUGACGGAGGACGCCGGAGACGGGCUGAUGCUGCCGCCCGUGCGGCCCUCGUCGGCCUACACGCUGACGGGCAGCCCCAGCAUGGCGACGGGCGUGUUCCGCACCACCUACACCUACCUAAACACGGUGGCGGGCGACGAGGGAGGCCCGCUGGUGCUCACGUCCAAGCACACGGUCGCCAACACCGUCACUGCCCCGCACCAGCACUUCCCGCAGGUUACACGACCAGGUUUAAAUACGAACACAUAUCUCAACACAGUCGCCUUGAACAAGACGACUACAGACGAGGCGGGUGACGUCAGCAUCACCAGCACCAACGACGUGGUCACGCAGGUCGUGAUCACCGAGUCUGAAAACCCUCAGCUGCUCGCUACUCGCCCCAUGCCUCAAGGAUCCUUCACGGACAUAGUUAAGACUUACUUCGUGACCUACACGUACUACAACACAGUGCUGCAAGACGGCAGUGCGGUGGUACAGUCCGACAUCGCGAUAUCAUCGGACGUGGUUACAGAAAAGGUGUUCGUGCCACAGAAGAAAACGCCUGUCUACCAAGAAAUGUCUCAAGAACCUGCCAGAGAAGUUGAUGUCCACGCCACAAAAACGUACCUGACGACAUUCACUUACUACACAACGCUGUUCCAGGAUGCAGGUAAUGAUAAAGUUUCCACUGUUCUAAGCUCUUGGACUAAGGUAGUACAGAAUGUGGUGUCUGAAACCAUACCAUCAAGCCUUCUUCCAUCAGACUACAUGCACUCUAUGACAAAUUCUAUGAGAGAGGAAUCCACAGACACGAUAGUUGCGACUGCAACACUCUCUGAUGGACACAAAAUGACUGUCACUGCUAUUGAACGAGACAAAAACACAUCUCCUCCUUUCACACAGAAUGAUGUUCACUCAACAAGCAUUCAUCAGCCUGAGCUUGCAUCAUCUAUGGAGGAAUCCAGUGACAAUCCAAGCAAUAUUAUAACAGGAUCUACAAUUAUAUUCUUUGACAACUUCGAUCAAGAAAGUACAUCUGAAUACGCACAACCCACUCCUGCAUUAACAGAUUCGUAUGUGCAAACCACAUUACUGCAGCAAGAUGGAACCACCAUGAAACCUUUAGAACCACUGCCUCUUACAACUGAGGUGUCUCCCGAGGAAAGCAGCUCUGAAGACAUACAAAAUCCACUUGCAAGUACUGUACUACCAACAUCUGGUGACGAAACAUACAGUUCUCCAGCAAUUAUAACAACUAUCUUGGCGACAUCCACAGUAACUCCAAAUGGUGCCACUCUUCAACCAGGGGAGCAAGUUAUCAUGAUGACCGAGACCAAUGGAAGCAUCACAAUGAUCCCAGUAUCUGAUCCUGCUAACAAAAGGCCAUCAUCUUCUCCCAUUUCUGGAGACACUUCGGGUGGCAGUGAAAUCCAAGUAAGUGAUCUCCUGAGUCUAGGGUCGUUAGGAAUCAAUGGCCUGAAUGCUUUGGGCCCUGUCAUCAAUGCGAUGGCAGGACUCAUUCAGGGAAACCUUAAUAAGGGAGACUCGAAGAGGCGGAAUGAUACCAUAAAUAUAGCCACCAUAACAAGUCCGAAGCCAAUAAUUUCUGAGCAGCCACAUCCUGUGUAUGUACCUGAGUCUGCCGGAAACUUACAAGGUAAUUCUGGCGUAAGAUCACCCAUUUACAUACCUGUUGGAGGGUUAGCAUCUGAUUAUGAUGAAAACUUGGAUGAUAUAUCAACUGCUGAAAGUCAGAACUAUGAAAAUCGCCUGAAUUUGAAUGUCGGAAACAUGAAAUGGUUGUCGCAGCCAUCAGAUGUUCAUGAAAGGAAAAGACCUAUGGAUGUAAUUAUGGGCCGGCCAACCAUGGAAAGCCCACUUCUCUCUGAUGGAAUCCCUAUUAGCCCAGGUCAGGUUAUCACUGCAAACAGUGAUGUUAUAAUUGGAAAGCCAGCAAUUAUGGGGCCUCGUCCACCAAAAUUAAAUAACAAUAAUGAUGUGCCAAUUGGAAUGAAACCACCUCCUUUACCAGAAAGUUGGCCACCAAAACUACACACAAAACCUGUCAUUCCCCACGUACAUCCACCCUUCCGACCCAUGCCAGAAGAAAAUCUGCGUCGUCAACCACAUUUCCCAUUUGCAUCUGAUAACCCAUCACAACUAGAAAACCAUCACUAUAGUCUUCCAAUACCAGAUAAUCAAAAUGUUUUUAAUUUUGGCCCAGGCAAACCAUUAGAAUCAUCAAAUGUGCAAACCGUGUUUUUGGGUAAACCCAUGAAACACAAUCACUAUGAGCACCACAAUAAUGCUAAUGAUAUAAUACAUGGAAUGCAAGAGCCUCCAAUAGCACAUGCAGAGCCAGCUCCAAUUAGAAUACCUUCAGUUGACCGUGUUAGUGGACAGCCUAUGUUGGUAAAUAUCCAGCCAUCACAAGUUGCCAAUGUCCACAUUCCUCAUGGAAGCUCAACUGAAAGUGUCUAUACUUUAGGUGGUGAUGUAGGAAGUUAUUUCGAUAAAUCUCCUUUCCCUGUCCCUGAACCCAGUUCAGAAUUUGUUGGGAUCGAUGACAGUGGACAGCACAGUGUGGGAACAGUCCACAGUGACAAUGAAAAAUCACCACAGACCGAGCCCGAGAUUAAAAUUCCUGCAGGUAGUGUAAAUGUGGACAUAUCACCAGGGCAAGGGCUCAAUGUAGGUGUGUCUCCCGUACAUGUCGCUCCAAGCAGAAUAAUUACAGAGUCUUUGAAAACUGAAUUUUAUAAUCCAGGCACUAUUUUUAAUCCUUCUAAUUAUUAUCAUCCUCAACAUCACCAAAAUCUCCAGCAAAACCUGCAAAUUCCAUUAGUUCCUUCAGGGUUUAUGGUUCCUCCACCUCCACCAUCCAAGAUUAAAUUAGACCAUGCAACAGGUAGACCACCAAUGGUUAUUCCUUUGAAUGAAGAGAGGAUAGAGGACAACAGUAACAGUCAUAAAAAGAAAGAUAAUCCUUAUGGAAAUGAUAAACUGGAAGGUGAAGUACAAGUGGUGCAGGAAUCUGUCCGACGACCACUAAGGCCUGGACAAAUACCAGUAGAACUGAAACUACAUAAUUCAGUUUCAACACACCGGCCAAUUUUCUUCCCUGGAACUUCGAAUUUGAAACCUGGAACAAAGUUUCAUGAUUCAUCAGGACAAAACCGACCGUUUAUCUCAUACAUUGACAAGCCGCCUGCACCAAUCCUACAACCACAGCCACCACCAGGACCAAUUUCCAACAACAAACACAACGCAGUCCACCACAGAGAUCACCCUCAUUUACCUCAUGUUUACGUAAGUACUCAGCAGCCAAUGCAGCGCCCCAACAACAUGCCGCACAACAUUGCAGUUUUUGGGAGGCCUCAGCCGGUGGAAGCUUAUGUCCCUGAAGAUGCUGUUGACAUCAAUGCCCAACUGCAAAACCAAAAGCCUGUAUCACCAAAUUUCAAUACACCAAUAGUUCCUAGUAAUCAUCAUGUGCUACAAGAAAAUGUAGAGGAUAAUACAGGCAUUUUGUAUGACGAAGAAAAACUCCAGAAUAAAUUACCAGAUCUCAAUGUGCAUCUUAUGCCACCGCCAAUUAAUCUUCCAAAUUUACAUCAUGGUGGUAGGCCACCGUCCUCAAAGUUCGGCUCAAAUAUGGAUGACAAGAACACUUCACAGAACAAACGUCCCGAUGAAAACAUUCAAAGACCUAAAUAUCCCUCCACAAGUCCACCUCCAUUCGAUCUCGAAGUUCAGAGCAACACGCCCAAACCUUUUUACGAACGGCCACCUUUGUCACGGCCGAUACCAAUCCCACACAGGCCACAAACACAUAAAGAAUCAAAUCAGAACAAUCAUGAUACUCCAUUCCAAAGACCAGAAAUGAGCCACAAGCGGCCUCCUCUAUCAGGGCCAACAGCAGUGUCUUACAGACCACAAACACAUAAAGAAUCCAAUCAUAACAAUCAUGAUAUUCCAUCGCAAAGACCAGAAAUGAGCCACAAGCGACCACCUCUAUCAGGGCCAACAGCAGUGUCUUACAAACCACAAACAGAUAAAGAAUCCAAUCAGAACAAUCAUGAUAUUCCAUCGCAAAGACCAGAAAUGAGCCACAAGCGACCACCUCUAUCAGGGCCGAUAAAUGUGCCUUACAGACCACAAAUACAUACAGAAUCCAAUCAGAACAAUCAUAAUAUUCCAUCCCAAAUACCAGAUACGGGUAAUGAAGACACUAACAAGAGACCAGAGCCACCACACAAAUUUACAAUUGUGACAAAAACAGAAAACCCAAGCACUGAUAAACCUACUUGGGGUCGCCCAGCACUGCACGAAAUACCCAGUCCUCCAAGGCAAACAUUUAAUCCUGUACAGUUACAAGAAGAAACUAGUACAAUAAAGGAUUCUGUGAGUACAUACAGACCAAUUAUUUCACAUUACAAGCCACCAUACAUAAACAAACCUAUUCUACGUCCAUCUUCAGUUCAAGCAACACGCCAAGUACCUUCCAAAGACACUAUUUCAGAAAUCACUAUCUCCUUAGCGAGUAAUACAGCAGUGGUUGAUAAAAGUACUGCUGUCAAACCCACAAAACAAACUGAUGAUUUAGUACUUCAGACUGUUGCAAUAGGCAAGCCCGUACUACAAGAAGAUAUUUCCCCAACAACAGUGAAGAAGUCGUCAUCUGACAUCAUCAGUCUGGAACUGGAUAGUUCAUUUACUAAAGAAAGACUUGAGCCAACUUCAACUCUGCCCUCAUCAUCAUCAUCCACAACUGAAGUAAUAAGUUUAUCAACUCUCGUGACAGGCUCAGAGACGUACUACGGUGAGCUGUUCACCAGACCUGCGACAACAGUGACAGACGCUUUGCCAAGCCACAGGCCUGAAGAGUUUCAUAACAGCGUUCCUGAGAAAGACGUGUUUGAUGACGAAGACGACGAGAAGACUAAGCCCGAUCUCGGCGUAGCCAGCUCUAACGACGAAACCAUCGUUUUCCUGGGGGACGAAGAUCCGUACGAGGACAAGGUCCCGUCCUACACGCUGCCUACCCGGUACGUGACGCACACUCAGACCCUGACGGUGACCACGACGGAGACCAUCGUUGUGAGCAGUCUCGGGAAGGCGCCGUCGACGAGGACGCUGGUGCUGACGAAGACGCAGACGUCGACGGUCGUGGACACCGUGACGGAGACGAGGACGCUGGUGAGGCCGACCAGCGUCACGGCGACCGUCACCACCACCGUGUCGACGACCCUGGUCGGGACCCCGGGCACGGUCAGCAAGGCACCGGCCGAGUCCGGCCCCACGGAGCCGGCCACGCGCAGGCCGGCGACCGAGCGCGAGAACGAGUCCUUCUUCGUGGUGGUGAACGACCGCAAGCCGGGCAAGGAGGGUCCACUGGACAGCGCCGUCUUCCUGGGCGGGGUCCUGGUCCCGGGCACCUCGCAGCCCGCUGACGACGAGUCCUCGGCCACGUCCUGCCGCUCCGACUGCAGCGCCUCGCGGAACGAGCUCUGCCUGGAGUCGGAGGGUCGCAUGCGGUGUGUGUGCAGGCCGGGUUUCGCCAGGAUGUUCCCCGACCAGCCUUGCAAACCGACCUACACCUACAACGUGAGGCUGCCGCUGGAGCGGCACGGCAGGACGCGCCUCCAGUACGACGCGUCGCUGGGGCAGGCGGGCUCGCUGAAGCACGGCCGCCUCUCGGAGGCGACCCGCGAGGGCCUGGACCGCGCCGUCAUGCAGUCCGACCUGCGCGACGUCUACCGCGGCGUGGCCGUCACCGGGUUCCGCCCGCCGCACCACCGCGGCGCCGGCGUGCUCGUCGACUUCUACGUGCAGCUUUCGGAAAACACAGACGAAGAAAGGCUGACGGAAAUGUUCAAGAAGUCACUCCGCACAACCAACUACAGUUUGGGUGGCACUGACGUCUUUGCAGACAAGAAACUCUUAGACCUUAUCACAGCUGAAGACUUCAACGAGUGCUCGAGCGGCAAGUUCCACGACUGCUCGGAGAACGCGUACUGCUUCAACCUGCGCGGGACCUACACGUGCAGCUGCAAGGAAGGCUACGCAGACCUCUCCGAGAACAAUCUGUUCCCCGGCAGGGUGUGCUCAGCCGAGCUGAUUGGCUGCGAGAACUGUAACUACCACGGCAGCUGCCGCUGGCGGGAGGACGACCAGGUGGCAUGCGAGUGCUUCCAGUGGUACACCGGCGACACCUGCCACAUCAACCUCAAAGUGCUGCUGAUCGCACUGGCGACCCUGGGCGCGCUGCUGCUGGCGCUGCUGGUGGCCUGCGUCGCGCUCGCCUGCCUCAAGCGCUGCCGCGCGGCCUCCGGGGGGGCUGUCCCCCCGCCCCGGAGACACGCCCCCGGCUUCCUGCGCUACCACCGCGGCGCCGACAAGCGCGCCAUCAUGCAGGACUCCAGCAGCGAGGGCAGCGUCGACAACGGGCCCGUGUCCUUCGUCGCCCCGCCGCCCCCUCCCCAGCCGAUGGGACUGCAGACGAUGCGGCCGCUGAAGAAGCCCAGCGCCCUGAAGAAGGUGGUGACGACGGUGGAGCCCCCCGACGCCGGGGACCAGCGCGACCGUUCGCUCACCGUCAUGAUCCCGCGCGCAAAGUACCGGCCCGUGCCGCCCAUGCUCACCAUGUCCACGUUCGGGGCGCCCGAGAAGCGGGCCAUCGCGCACGAGCAGAAGCUCAUCAGCUACUUGGAGAGCGGCGGCAAGCAGGAGCUGCGCGCCAAGGCCGUGAUGCCGGUGAUGCCGGCGGUGCCGGUGAAGAAGCAGAGCACCGCCUCCAACCCGCCCCCGCCCCGCAAGACGUCGCACUCCCAGCUGCGGAAGCAGUCGGCGGCGGGCGGGGCGCCCAGCAAGGUGUGCGGGGCGCUGGUGUCCGCCGGCUUCGAGGUGUCGGCCACCGUGAGCCACCAGGCGGCGUCUGCGGCGCAGCGCACCGGAGAGAGGACGGUGUCGGAGGCUAGGUCUUGCGACGAGACGACCAUUCAGGCUCCAACCAAGGCACUACACAGUCACUACGGCUCGAAGAACGGGUCCAAUACGCUCAACAACGAUGAGGCGCACACCAUGGCAGAGAGAGACCUGGGCUCCACGCUGCUCAUGCCCCAGACCCACCUCUACAAGCCGGACAGGGGAAGUGACAUCUCUAAUUUUGACUCGUUAUGAAUAAGAUGCAAGCAGUGACAGUGCACCGCUCAAUGCUUCGCAAGCAAGAUGCAGCUUCUAAGCAAAAACAUUCAGCGCAUGCUUGAAGGGGAACAGAGAUUCAAGUGAAUUUAAGGGAUAGUUGAGUGACGAAUAACUGCCGUCAGGCAUUUUUCCAUUAGUGACGGGAAUGAAAAUGAAACUGUUAUGUAUUCGGAGGUAAAUAGCUAAUGAACACUACAAUCCCCUGUUGUUAAAGACAUUCUAAAACUUUCAGCUCUUUCACGAGUUUAAGAUUAAUAACUAUGUAACAAACAUAUGUGAACUAGUAAUAUAAAAGUAAAUAUUAUUUAAAAUUGAUAUUAUUUUUUAAAUUUAAGUUUUAAUCUAAUUAUAUUUGAAACUGUGUUUCAUUGGGGAAAAUGUUACCUGUAUCAUUAAUUGUAACGAUUUUGCUGAUAUUUUAUUUUGGAGGAACAUUUCCACCAAACAAAGUCUGAAAUAAAUUACUAGAUUUUAUAUAUUUUUAUGUAUUCAAACAGAAAUUUACUAUAACUUUUUCUAUUUAAAAUGAAAAGAUUGUAAAAAAAAAAUUUGCAAAAAUUUAAUUUUGAAUAUUUUUAAUGUAUAUAAAUUAAAAUAACCCUUGGUACCUAAGUAUUUUUAUAAUUUAUAUUUUUGUACAUAAUGUAAUACAUACUUUUUCUCCACCAAAAACUUUUAAAAUACUUUCUUGGCAGUAAAAAUAAUAGUACAAUAGUUGAAUAUUCUGUGCUCAUGAGCACUAGGCAUAUCAAAUUGUUUCAGAAAUUUAUUUAUUACACAAUAGCAAAAAAGUAGGUCAGAAAAAAAAAUUCCACUUCCUAAUGCCAUACUACUGUUUAUAAAUGAAGUCCACAUUUUAUAAAUGUGAUGGAAUUAGGAUAAUAAAUCAGUACAACAAUGUGAUUGAGUGAGUCUGUAUGUAUAAGAAUGUUUGGUAUUUUUUUUGGUAAAUAGGGUAUUUGCAGAAGACUGCGAUAAAAUGUGAUCAUUUAUAAACAGAUGGGAAAUGUGAUUGAUCAAAGUAAGUGCAUAUAAACUGUAAAUAGCACAAACAUCAAUUGGAUGAAAAUUCCAAGUCCAAUGUAUGUUAAUUCCAGAAUCGAAGAUAUUCCAGGAGCUCAAAAAGAAAUUUUGUACAGUUUUCAUACCUAUGCAAACUAAUUUUAUAUAAAUAAAAAUUACUGUUAAAAAUAAAAGUGUCUGUGAUUUACUAAAUUACCAAAACACACACUUAAGUGUGUAAACUUAGCCCAAACAAAGCCAUAAAUCUGGGUUAUUGUACAUGUGCAUCAUGACUGCAAGAUAACUGGAUGGUUUAAAACUUUUUUCAGUAGUGUUUUAAGCAUGUAACAUAAUUGCAAUGACAUACAAACUAUUAUUUCUGGUUCAAAAGCAACUGAAUGGUGGUAAAACCACCACUUUAACAUAUAUUAGAUGGCUGAUUCUCUCUUCAACAACUAAUUAUUUUGUUGUGUCUGAACAAAUGAUAGUUGGCGAACAUGAAAACAACACAGUUAAAUGCUAAAAAAAUCCAGGGUUUAUUCAUUUAAAAAAUGUUUAGUGGGUCUCAUAAAACAUUUUAUUUUACAGUGUACU